AUGUCAUUGUCAUCUGGAUCAAUGGAUUUUUCACGAUUAUACCUGAUGUCUUCAAAAGAUUUGGACUCAGAAAAAUUUUAUGAUGCUUUGGACAGUGAUUUUUCGAAUAUUCAUAGUUAUUAUCCUAUAUGUAAUAGUGAAUUGGAAAGUAAAAAGAAAUCAGAUAUGAUACCAAUUUGUAAAAAAUAUCUAAGAUUUUUAGAUAAAUCUGAAUUUUGGGGUUCUACAAGAAAUGAAUACGAUGUUUCCUUACUUUUAAAUUAUUGGCUAUAUGAUAAAUUAAAUGAUUUAUUUGGUGCUAUAAAUACUAUAGAAAUUGAAAUAGGUUUUGGUGCUCUCCAGUAUAUAUGGGCUUACAAUGAGAAAAAUCAAACACAUAAACCAUACUAUCAAAAACUUAAGCCUAACAUCAAUAUUUUUAAGGAACCUGAUUGGGAAAAAAGAAAGCAAUUAUACGAAUAUUAUGUUGACUUUGAUACGCUUUUCAAAUAUGCUAUCAUAUAUGAUAACUAUUGUGAAAAAUAUUAUAAAAAUUAA